UUGGAGCUGUAUCUGUGGGCGGUUGCUCUUUGUGUCCCAGUUCAGGGCUGAGCUUAAAUAGACGCUGUCUUUCUUGAGGGUCACAUCACGGGUGACGACCAAGCUAGAAAAUGAAGUCUUGUAUGUUGGGUUUCUAUGCAGCUCUGAUGCUGUGGCUUCUGGUCUUGUUCUCAAUUCAAGAUGCUCGCGUUAUUUCAAGCUGUCUGACAACUUCAGAUACUAAAGUCCCUCUGAAGAAUCUGCUAAACUACACAAUCCAGAGCAAACCCUUGUUCUCUGUGGAUGCUGCGAGAUUUCUUACAAUCAAAAGAAAAACAAUCUGCUCAGAUCCCUCCUCAUCAUGGGCCAAAAACGCAAUGAAUUACCUGGAUCAAAAGAACAAAAAACAGCAGUCGGUAUCAAACAAAACGGCUCGUCAAUCUGUGACACAGGUUCCUGUGAAUACAUCCACCGCAAAUAGGACUCAGUUAUCGGCACAGAUUUAAAUGAUGACCCUUUUGGAUGAAAAUUGUUGGUUGAACUGUAUGACUGUUUUUAAUGGUUUUCUUUUUAUUGCACUUUAUUGUACAUCACACAAUUUAAGUUACGAUUAAAAAAAAAUUU